AUGCGGGAGGUCAACUUCAGCAUCCCAAAUGUCAACAAGGCCUCUGUAAAUAUCACAACCACCCUCUACGACCGGCGUGCCUUGGAUUGCACAUCAACGCUACCACUCAUUAACUCACUCAAUCAUUUGGCCUACCUCACCACAUCAUCAGCCCGAAUCCGCGAUAUUCUGACCGUCGAUGGCGGCAUCGAACGGCUGGUAUGUAUCCUUAAGGAGGGCCGGAGUCGGGAUUUGAUGGAGAUGUGGAAGUGGAGCCUCGCCUUCCAAUGUGUUGUCAAUAUUGGUGUGCGGGGCUCGGAGAGUGUGAGGACUCGAGUAGUCGAAGCCGAUAUGGUGCCAGUGAUUGCCACCAUACUUGAUAACUAUAUUAAAGUGGUCGAGAAAGCCCGCGCACGGGCGGAUUCAGAAAGUCAGAGACAUUCGUCACGACACCACUCCAAGGCUGCACCCAUCAGCAGCGACGCCCCUUCGCGUCCAGUGUAUGUGGACCAAUCGACAAACACCGAGCAACGUCCUUCUCGCCGCCAGGCGCCACCGCCUCACAUUGAAAUUCCCCCUUUCUACCAAGACAGCCAUGCCUCGGACUCGAACGCCAUGGACAUCACCUCGUCCCCCCGGGUGCCUGUGACCUCCCCACCGGAACGGAGCACCUUUGGGCAGGAUGCCCAUAACCUUAGAUCCAAUGAUACCCGCUAUGCCCAUGCUGCUCACCGCUACCGGGUGAUGCAGCCCCUUGCCACUGCCCUUCCUCCCAUGGAUGCAGCCGAUGGCUUUGGCUUGCGCCCCGUGCGCGACACAGAGAGGCUGCCCAGCAUGCUUCCUGGCUUCCAGAAUGGCCUUGCGUCUCAGCCCGACUCCCCAACCACUCCCAGCGGUCCUGCGCAGCUGCGCAGCAACACACAAGUCGCUCCCGCCCGACCACGGCCUACCCUGAGGCAACAGCAAUCAGCCUCUGGUGAGUCGGAUGAUGGAAACGGCGAGGGCUCGACUCUGGGUGACGACCCGGGUUCUGGAGAGACAGCUGAGCCAAUCGUUGGCAUCCAAAAUCGUAUGGAGAUCGACGAUGACGGCGACAGGCAAACUGUGCUGGAAGGUGUUUCCAACACGCACGACUUGACUGUUAAUGAUACUUCCGAAAGCCAGGAAGCCGAGACAUUCAACAUCACCCACCGUUCUACUGUGGAUGGCAGCAUGAUUAACAACGACGCAACGCGCACGAAUGGGGCUUUGGGCCUUUCACCCACGCAAGCCCCUAAUACUGCCAACUCGCCUGCUGUUGUUCCCAGCCCAUACUCACUGUACGUGCGUGACCGAUCAACCACAGCCGUCCAAGGCGUCUUGACGACGAUGCCUAAGGAUGAAGAUGUCCUCAUGUCGCUUCAGCUCCUUGCCUAUGUGUCCAAGUACUGCAACCUGCGGUCUUACUUCCAGCACUCCCACCUCGUCCCUAAGCUCAAGGUUGACCGUGAGCUCCAAAUGUUGGAGGAUGGCGUAUCACCCAUCGAACCUGCAGAGGAGGAAGAUGAAUACCUGCUUCCGGACGAUGUCAACAUCUUCCCCUUGGUGGAGAAAUUCACGGUUCGCCACCACUCCAAGGACAUGCAAUACUGGGCAUGUGUGGUGAUGCGGAAUCUCUGCCGCAAGGACGAGUCGAGAGGCGGCAUCCGGCAGUGCGCAUACUAUAAGUGUGGAAAGUGGGAGGAAUUCCAGCGACAGUUUGCAAAGUGCCGGCGCUGCCGCCGCACCAAGUACUGCAGCAAAGACUGCCAGAAGGCAGCGUGGGUGUAUCACCGUCACUGGUGCCACACCACGCCAUGA